AUGCCCUCCGGAGGAUUCCAGCCCAUAGACGGAGGACAGCAGGUGGUGGUCCGCACUGCCGUCACCAAGACUCUGGUCCUCUCCGUCUUCACCGCCAUCCUGGGCUCAUUCCAGUUUGGAUACAACAUUGGAGUCAUCAAUGCACCCCAAAAGAUCAUCGAACAAAGCUACAAUGAAUCUUACAUCAUUCGGAACAGUCCAGAGUCGCAUUCCAUCGAUGUUGGCCUCCUGCGCACUUUGUGGUCGCUCUCCGUGGCCAUAUUCUCCAUCGGGGGCAUGGUGUCUUCUCUGGGUGUCGGGGUCGUGUCCCAGUGGCUGGGAAGGAAGAGAGCCAUGAUUGUGAAUAAUAUCUUUGCCUUCGUUGGUGGGACCAUGAUGGGACUAUGUCAGAUCAGCCAGUCGUAUGAGAUGAUGAUCCUGGGAAGGUUCGUUAUUGGAGUAUAUUCAGGUCUGGCCUCUGGGUUGGUUCCAAUGUAUGUAGGAGAGAUUUCCCCGACACACCUCCGAGGGGCGCUGGGCACCCUCCACCAGCUAUCACUGGUCAUCGGUAUUCUUGUGGCUCAGGUUCUGGGUCUGGAAUCGUUCUUGGGCACAAACUCUCGGUGGCCGGUCCUCUUCUGGGUGACUCUAAUCCCAGCUGCUCUGCAGUCAGUGUUGCUGCCAUUUUGUCCGGAGAGCCCUCGCUUCCUGUACAUUGUCUGUGAGCAGGAGGGACAUGCCAAGACCAGUCUGCGGCGUCUCACCGGUCUCAUGGAUGUAUCGGAUGCCCUCUCCGAGAUGAAGGAAGAGAAGAGACAGAUGGACACAGAGCAGAAAGUCUCCAUCCUGCAGAUCUUCAGAUCCAGACAAUACCGGCAACCCAUCAUUGUGGCCAUAAUCCUCCAACUAUCCCAACAACUGUCCGGAAUCAAUGCGAUCUUCUAUUACUCCACCGAUAUCUUUUCUAAAGCCGGGGUGGAUCAGCCAAUCUACGCAACAAUUGGGGCCGGAAUCGUCAACACGGCAUUUACUGUGGUGUCGCUUUUCCUAGUGGAGAGGGCAGGAAGACGGACCCUGCACCUGGUGGGCCUAGUGGGGAUGAUCCUAUGUGCCUUAUUAAUGACGGUGGCCAUGGUCCUACAGGAAACCAUCCCCGCCAUCAGCUCCCUCAGCAUGGCCGCUGUUUUUGGAUUUGUGGCGUUCUUCGAGGUCGGGCCCGGUCCUAUUCCGUGGUUUAUUGUGGCUGAACUCUUUAGUCAAGGUCCUCGGCCUGCAGCCAUGGCCAUUGCUGGAUUUACCAACUGGACAUCGAACUUCAUCAUUGGGAUGGGAUUCCCAUACAUUGCGGACCUCUGUGGGCCCUAUGUCUUCCUCCUCUUUGCCUCGUUAUUGUUGGGUUUCUUGAUAUUCACAUAUUUCCGCGUCCCGGAAACCAGAGGAAGAUCGUUUGAUGAGAUUGCUCAUGCUUUUCGUAGAAGGAACCCCUCGUUGUUGGACCACGAGAUUAAGGCCAGCACCGAGCUGGACAGUCUUGGCGGUGGAGACGAUGCAUAA